UUUUCUUAUUAUUAUUGGGAUUAGAGAGAGAGAGAGAGAGAGAGAUUGGUGAUGAAAUCUGAGAGGUGAUCGUCCUGUUUAUUAUGUAACUAGGUCUGAUCAUAUAGAAAAUUAGGUAGAAGUUGAUCCACUUGAUUACGUCCAGAAUUGUAUGAGUGUGAGUGGAUGGAGGACAUUCAUAAUGGACGCUGUAUUUCUCCGUAAAUCAUUGACAGACUCUCAUUUCUCCUAAUCAUUCGCGCCUUCUCUUUUGUUUCCUCUCUGUGUGACUGCGCCUCUUCAAAUGGCCACUCUCACUUCCUCUCCAUUUUUAGCUGUCCUGUUCAGCCACUCCAAAUAUAGCUUCCUUCUUCAAGAAACCACCCCCCUAAAAAAGGAAAAUAAAAUCUGAAACCAAAGAAAUGUUCAAUUCCUUCUUCCGUCUGGGAGGGGCUGUUUUUUCCCUGCCUCAAUUCUGAAACUUAUUCUUCCUCUGAUUUCCUUUUGCUUUUGCUGUUGCUGCUGCUGCUCUGCUGCAUCUGCAUUUUCUUGCCUUUACAAAACUAACCCACACUUCACCCUUCUUCUUCCUUGUUGGGUUAUUUGUUGCUGUCGGAAAAUGCACCACGGUCUUAUAGGGUUCUUUAUCAUCUCCCUUGGGAUCCUCACCACGUUCGUCCAUUCCAAAACUAAUUCCCAGGAUGUUUCUGCUCUUAAUGUGAUGUUUACCAGCUUAAAUUCUCCGUCACAACUGAGCGGCUGGAAAUCAAGUGGUGGUGACCCUUGCGGUGAUUCUUGGGAAGGAAUUACAUGCUCAGGCUCAGCUGUGACUGAAAUAAGGCUGUCUGAUCUUGAACUUACUGGAUCAUUGGGCUACCUGUUGUCAAACUUGAAAUCUGUGACCUACUUUGAUAUGAGCAAGAACAAUCUCAACAAUGAUAUACCAUAUCAGCUUCCUCCUAAUCUAGCUUACUUAGAUUUGUCUAAUAAUGGCUUCAGUGGUACUGUGCCUUAUUCAAUUUCACAGAUGACCGACCUCAAAUACCUAAAUCUUGGCCAUAAUCAGAUCAAGGGACAGUUGACUGACAUGUUUCAAAAACUUCCAAAACUUAAGACAUUGGAUUUGUCCCACAACUCUCUUUCAGGCAGUCUGCCAAAUAGUCUUGCAAAGCUUUCCGGCCUCAACACUUUGUAUUUGCAAAACAAUCGAUUUACCAGUUCAAUAAAUGUUCUUGCGGGCCUUCCUCUUAAUAAACUGAAUGUUGAAAAUAACAAGUUCACUGGCUGGGUUCCUGCUGAGCUGGAAGACAUUGAUAGCAUUGAGACUGGAGGAAAUUCUUGGUCAUCAGGGCCAGCUCCUCCUCCUCCACCUGGUGCAAAACCUCUUUCAGCAAAACAUAAGGACCAUGGGAAAGAUGGAAAUGGGAAGAAUGGUAUGAGUGGGCUAGCUAUAGCUCUGAUAGUUCUUGCUUCAUUAGUGGUAUUAGCACUUCUGAUUACUCUAUUAUCAACAACAAGAAAAUCCUCUCCAUCUUCACAUUUCCUUGACGAAGAGAGGGGUAGCCAGAGAGCAUUCACUCCCCUUGCAUCCCAGGAAUUAUCCCAUGAUUUACAUAAUGCCAAGCAUAAGGAAUUCAGAGAAAGUGAGUCAUUUGAUUCAAUCAAUAUAAAGACCCUGCAAAAAUCUCCAUCCAUUGGUUACAAGCCUCCGCCUUCUGAUUUCACACAAUCUUUAAAUGACAAUGAGUUUGCGAGCCGUCUGAAUUCCAAGAGAAGCACCUCCAUUCAUGCUGUCCCUUAUUCUUUGGCGGACUUGCAGACAGCUACUAGUAAUUUUGCAACGGGUCGUCUUAUUGGUGAGGGAUCCAUUGGUCGUGUUUACAAAGCCAAAUAUCCUGAUGGGAAGGUUUUAGCUGUCAAAAAGAUUGAUUCGUCACUUUUUCAAGAAGGGCAACCAGAAUUUUCAGAAAUUAUUUCAAGAAUCUCAAAAGUUCACCAUCCAAACAUUGCUGAACUCGUUGGUUACUGUUCAGAACAAGGGCACAACAUGUUAGUAUACGAGUAUCUCAGGAAUGGCUCACUUCAUGAGUUCCUGCACAUGUCAGAUGACUUCAGCAAACCACUAACUUGGAACACUAGAGUCAGAAUUGCUUUGGGCACGGCCCGGGCUGUUGAGUACCUCCAUGAAAUUUGUUCUCCAUCCUUCAUUCACAAGAAUAUUAAGUCACCUAAUAUUUUGCUUGACCUUGAGCUCAAUCCUCGUCUUUCAGACUAUGGGUUAGCAAAUUUUCAUCAUCGCACAAGCCAAAAUCUUGGUGCAGGAUAUAAUGCUCCAGAGUGCACAAAGCCUUCGGCCUAUACGAUGAAAAGCGAUAUCUACAGUUUUGGGGUGGUGAUGCUGGAAUUAUUGACUGGGCGGAUGCCUUUCGACCUCACAAAACCAACAUCAGAACAAUGCCUAGUCCGUUGGGCUACUCCACAACUGCAUGACAUUGAUGCGUUGGAAAGAAUGGUGGACCCUGCCUUACGUGGACUAUACCCUCCCAAGUCGCUGUCUCGAUUUGCCGAUAUAAUUGCACUCUGUGUACAGACGGAGGCAGAAUUUCGGCCACCUAUGUCAGAAGUGGUGGAAGCAUUGGUGCGUUUAGUUCAGCGCUCAAGUAUGAACGUGAGAGACGAUCUUGCAGAAUCUCGUCGGACAGAGGACUCUGAGUACUAGUGGUUUUUGGACUGCUCUAAACCCAAGUGAUUAUUCUUUUUUGAAUUACAAGUGGAUGAGUGCAAGUAGGAUUUGGUUGGUUUAGAAAUUAUUAUAGGUUUUUAUUUUUUUUGUUGAUUAGAAGUGGUCAAUGCGCGAGAGGGAGUACCUUUGCAAAUUCCUGAAAUAACACAUUAGAUUUUAGCCUGUGGUUAUGUUGGGAGCGCAUAUUGAAUAACAAAAACAUCAGGCGGUAAUCUUUGCAGCACGUUAGCUUUUGGCUCGAGGUCUCUCGCAACUGAAAUGGGAUUAGGUUUAUUUAGGCAAAUUUUUUACUCAAAUAAAAUUGCUAUCAGGGCUUUCAUAGGUUUUUUUUUUUUUUUUUGGCCGGUAGAUGUUAUAGUGUCUAUGUAAAUGCAGAACUCAGGGAAUGAAUGAUAAUCAUUUAAUUUAUUCUUGCCGGAAGGCAUUUUAGACAUCAAA